UCCAAUUAUAAACAGAAUCAAAAGAAAAUUAAGCACAAUACAGAAAGCGGCAUAAUUGUCCACUAAAAUCCAUCAUUUCCCCUGAUCCUUUUUUUAUUUCUUGAAAUUGUCCUCCGAUUCUCAUCUCGUCUUAUCCUCCCCACUAUUUCUCUUCUCCCCCACCCCCACAAUAAAAAUGCUUUCUCCCUAGAAAUGCCUUGUUAAACUGAUUCCAUUCCCCCAACCCAAUAAAACCCUCUUGUUGUUGAUCAUCAAAUUAGAAGCAAGAACUGAUUACUAACACAUGGCUCUGAAAAUUUCUUAUCCUGGAGAAAUGGGUUCUAUUUCUUUCUUGAAUUCCAUUAAACCAGACAUCUUCAAACUUAAAGGGCGUUGUCCUGUGAAAAGAAAGGAAAUUGGUAAGGGUGCUCGUUGUUCAUCCCAAUCGCCACCCCCAGCUUGGCCGGGAUGCGCUGUUGCGGAGCCUGGUCGUAAGGUUUGGGAUGGUCCGAAGCCUAUUUCAAUUGUUGGAUCUACUGGUUCCAUUGGAACCCAGACUUUAGACAUAGUUGCAGAGAACCCGGAGAAGUUCAGAAUUGUUGCAUUAGCAGCUGGUUCAAAUGUGACUCUUCUUGCAGAGCAGGUGAAAACCUUUAGGCCUCAACUGGUGGCUGUUAGAAAUGAAUCUUUGGUUGAUGAACUGAAAGAGGCUUUGGCCGAUGCUGACUACAAACCCGAGAUAAUUCCUGGGGAGCAAGGGGUCAUUGAGGUUGCUCGACACAUGGAUGCUGCCACAGUAGUCACAGGGAUAGUAGGUUGUGCUGGUUUGAAGCCAACAGUGGCUGCAAUAGAGGCUGGAAAGGACAUUGCGUUGGCAAAUAAAGAGACUCUGAUCGCUGGGGGUCCCUUUGUGCUUCCUCUUGCCCAGAAGCAUAAAGUGAAAAUUCUUCCUGCAGAUUCGGAACAUUCUGCAAUAUUCCAGUGUAUACAGGGUUUGCCAGAGGGUGCGCUCCGACGCAUAAUUUUGACUGCUUCAGGUGGAGCUUUCAGGGAUUGGCCUGUUGAAAAAUUGAAAGAGGUGAAAGUAGCUGAUGCCUUAAAGCAUCCUAACUGGAAUAUGGGGAAGAAAAUAACAGUAGAUUCUGCAACCUUAUUCAACAAGGGUCUAGAAGUUAUCGAAGCUCAUUAUCUUUUUGGGGCUGAAUAUGAUGAUAUUGAUAUUGUCAUUCAUCCACAAUCUAUCAUACAUUCAAUGAUUGAAACACAGGAUUCGUCAGUUUUGGCUCAGUUGGGGUGGCCUGAUAUGCGCCUUCCUAUUCUUUACACAUUAUCGUGGCCAGACAGAGUAUAUUGCUCUGAGAUCACUUGGCCUCGGCUUGAUCUUUGCAAGUUGGGUUCACUAACCUUUAAAGCUCCUGACAAUGUAAAAUACCCAUCAAUGGACCUUGCUUAUGCUGCUGGCCGAGCCGGAGGCACCAUGACUGGAGUCCUUAGUGCAGCAAAUGAGAAAGCUGUGGAAAUGUUUAUUGAUGAAAAAAUAAGCUACUUGGAUAUCUUCAAGGUCGUGGAGCUUACGUGCGACAAGCAUCGGUCGGAAUUGGUGACCAGCCCAUCACUUGAUGAUAUCAUACACUACGACUUGUGGGCUCGUGAGUAUGCUGCUGGUGUAAAGAUAUCUCCAAGUUUAAGCUCGAUGGCUGCAUGAUUAUGAAAUAGAUAGUGGUUUGGCUGCAAAGAGGACCCUUCCACUUCGCGAUCGGCGAGCCCUUAGUAGUCUGCAUUGAUAGGUCACAACUCUGCAGAGGUUUGGAGAUGACUACUAACUCACUGUAAGAAUCGGAGGAGAAAAGAAGACAAGCAGGCAUUGUAAUUUGUGUAGUGAGUAAACAGAAGAAAAUGUAUCGGUGUAUACUGCUUUAUAUGUAAAAUUCGUCAUUAGCAAGGAAUCAUGUAUACAGGAGGAAAAUGGUAAUAGGAAAAUGGAAUUGGGAAACACCCAUAUUUAGUCCUUGGGCAAUAAGGUGCACCAAACUUUCUGUGC